GCUAAUUAUGGACUGUAAGUACUGUACAUAAAGAGUAUGCGUCAUCAGGGUUGCACUGGUGCUGUCAGUUGAAGCGCAUUAAAUUUUGCUUUCGAAUUGUCCAUUGUGGUUCGCACACCUCGUUAUCAUGCCCAGCGGAAUGAACCAACCUAACAGCGUAGACGUUUUGGGCGAUGACGGAAUGUUCCGGUACGGGCGCGUGGUAGAUGUGGCAGACCACGGACUAUACAUCGAUCUGUUGUGCCCCACCCGACGGCGCGAAUAUUUUCCAUUCGACCGGAUUUUCUUGCCUCGCAAGACGAACGAAGCUGACCUGGCUCGCCAAUACUCUAAGGAAUUUUCCACCGUUUCCGUCAACGUUCUGGUCCCGGAAACGCCGGUGGGUCCCUGGAUAUGGCUGCCUCAUCCAGCGGUGGUUGUUGGGGGCGGUAGAGCGCAACGGCAUUGCGGAGGAGUCGUGGUCCGGGGGCAUCGUCACGACAGCGGAGUGGAGUGUACGGAGUUCGUCCCCAUGGAACGCAUCCGCUGGCCUGAUCACGCUGCACUUCCGCAGGCAGCGGCUGCUGUGGAUAAGGAACUAACAUGGCACGAUCACGUGCAUCCCGGGACCUUCGUCGAGGCUAAUGUGCAGCUGUAUGAUGAAGUUCGCUCGGUACCCAGUGAAGAAGUGGAGUCGUUCAUCCAGUGGUGGAAUCGCUACGGAGUGGAUCGUUAUUACUCAACGGUUUCCGUGGUGAACUACGUGGAAGGCCGUUUGAGAUAUAUCUACCAGCCGCGAGCUUGCCAGUAUGUUUACACUGGUUCCGGACACCGGGGAUUUUUGAAGGCGAUCGCCACUUUCCAGGAGGAGCUGGACAGUAUGCCAAAGUGUCCUGACGAGGUCUUGCCAGUGCCUGACAAGAUGGCGCUUCCGGUGAAAGUGUUCCAGGAAGUGUUCUCACACUUGGAAACGAUCACCCAAAUGGAAUUGCGCGCUGUAUGUGCCGCUUGGGACGCGAUGCUGGAUACGGCGAUUUUGCGUUCCUGCAUGAUGGUCUUGGAAUACACUUUUUUCAAGUGGCGAUUUGAUACUUUCUUACCCAUGGCAACGCUGCACCAACGUUUGCAGCCGGGCACGCAGCACGUUAUCAUUAAGCAUUGCGGCUUAAGGGACAAUCCGACGCGGAACGCCGCCAUCGCUGCCCUGAUGCUGAUGUGUGACAUGAUCCGUUAUGUGGCUAUGCAGCAGCACCGCACCGGAAUAAGGUUGCGUAGUCUGCACGUAUCCCAGUUCAAUUUUGACCUGCAGAUCAACUCCGCUAUCCAGCAGCCUCGCCAGACCGAUUGUGUUCAGCAUCCGACUGGUCUAUCGACAGUCACUAUCGUCGGGACUAAAGAUUUCUAUCGGCUGCCGGAUGUCGUUGCCGUAUGCAGCAGUUUGCCCUGUAAUACACUCCUCAUGACCCACUGCCAGAUCCACUUGAUCUGCUCGUACGGUUUUCUCCAACAGGCAAGGAUACUCAAUGUUUCGAUAAAAAUUCCUACAGCACGUCUGCCAAUGGGUGAUGAAUUCGGUUGCGCAUUGUGGGACGUACUGGACGCGGCCCUGCCGGCACCGAGUGACCAGCAGCUGCAGGAACUCGUGGGCAGGUUAAACGGCAAUACGGACGCCCACCAAGAACUCAAGCGAGUCGUUUGCCAGUUGCUAUGUGCGCUGCAGUCGGUUGAUCCGCGCCUCUCGGCGCAUUACCGUGGCAAGAAAUGGUGUGUGGAUGGCCUGGAAGGUUUGCAGUUGGGCAGAUUGUCACGUAUUACUCGGCACUUCCUCGUUGAACUGCACUAUGACACGACGCGGAAGCCAAGCGCCCGUGUUUAGAAAAUUUACUCGUAGCGGUCGUUAGUGCUAAUCCAUUUUUCACUGCACUACCUAACACAGGUGAACUGAAAUCUUAUCAAU